GUGAAGUUUCUGUUUUGCACUGAUUUGAUCGGUCGUCCUUCGGUCAGUGUUGGGCUGUACACUCCCAGCCCUGCACACUCUAAGCCCUGCGUAUCCGGGGCUUCACCGAAAACAGUGCAGCUUCGCUCCGCCUCGACCCCGACUCUUCCCGCAGCCCGAGGAGGAUGUCCACUGGGCUGCUGUGCUCCAGAGCCGCGGCGGCGCUUUAGGAAGAAGUUCUCGGGCGCAUUAGCAAAACAAGGCCGUUUUACAGCGUUGCUAAUAUUGAACGAGGGAGCCGUUUGAGUUGGGAACUGCAUGGCUCUUACACUGUUUCCAGGAGUUUCUACGUAAAGACAGGGGCUAUGUUGGCAGUGCCAGGCCGGGGCGCGGACGGGCAGGAGAUGCCUUCAGGCUAGCGCGGCUAACGUGGAUGGACCGCGGGCUAGCGUGGGCACGCAGGGCACAGCCAGGAAAUACUUGAUCUGCCCUACACUUUGCAGCACAUUUUAAUUUGUCAUUCUUCCAUAGUAGUUGUUUACCAGAAUGCUUUUUGGCUUUGUUGGUUUAAAUGUCUCCAGCAUAUGUAGCUGCACUACUGGACGUUAGCUAGCUUUGCUUAAUAACUUCAGUAACAAAACUGCAUAACUCAAGCGCACGGGCUGUACUUUGGUGUUGUCCAGCUCACACUGUAUCUGUCACAAUGGAGGGGAACCCACAGCCGCAGAAAAGUACCCCGCUGUCUCGAGAACUGACGAGAAUAAUCAGCAGCUACAACAAGCACUCAAUCCAGCUAAAGAUGAACCUGAAGGAGACCCACGCUUUCUUCAGGGAAAUUAGACAAAACUACAGCAAUGCGUGCGCAUCAACUAUAGGCACGGAGUCAGCCUCCUUUGAAGCAGGCCAGCUCAGCUGCAUUUCAUUUCCCAGUCAUGAAGAGGAGUUCCUACGAAACACUGUGGGUGCUGCCCCCUAUGUUGUCAUCCUGGGACAGGACUGUGCUGCCCGGUACCAGCUCCUAAACUGCCUCCUGGGGGAGAGGCUCUUACCCCUGGGUCCGGAGGCCGGAGAGGCCUGUGAGGGCGUCCAGGGCACUGUGUGUAAAAGGCGUAAACUGUGUUUCAGUUAUGGGCGACAGACGCGCCUCAGCCUGGCUCUGCCUGGCCAGUACGAGCUGGUCCAUCAGCUGGCGGCCAACUGUGGGCGCUGGGACACUGUGCCUCGAGAGGACCUGGAGAUCCACGAGGAGUGUGAGGACCCUGCACAUAGGUUGGCUGAGCUGGAAAUCACCCUGCACCACCCACUGCUGCAGGAAGCAAAAGUAAUGGUGGUGCCAUGCCCUAAUGUUCAGCCCAUUGAAGAGGCCCUGGAGGACUACACUCGCGGAGUGAUUCCCAUCCUGCUUUAUGCCAUUAACCAGGACACACUGAGCACAGAGCAGGUGUGCGAGCUCCGAAAAGUCAAAGAGAUGCUCCUGUAUCCCCUUUGCUUCAUCCGAGUCCCCGACUCCUCCACAGCAGUGUCCCCUGACCUGGGGCACCGUCCCGAAAAAGACAAGGACAAAGAGAAGAGCUCCUUGCACAAACAGCUGCUGUCUCUGGGUCUGCUCAGCGGCUCUGCAGGAAACUGCUCCUGUGGAGCCCCCAGUCAGACCCCCGCUCCGGGAGCUAAGCCCCAGAGCAUGCUGGGAGAAGGCUUUGACCGACUGCACCGACUACUUGUGCCAUUCGCUCGACAAGUACUGCAAAAUCAACAAGUGGAGGCUGCCAACAUGCUCAACGGACUGCACUGUCGCUGCCUGGAUCUCUUCAUUAACCAGGCGUUUGACAUGCAGAGGGACCUCCAGAUCACGCCUCGCAGACUGGAGUAUACCCGGGAAAAAGAGGGCGAGCUCUUCACAUCUCUUAUGGCCAUUGCAAAUCGCAAACAGGAGGAAAUGAAGGAGAUGAUCAUUGAGACGCUUAGCAGCAUGAAGGAGCAGCUUUUGGAAGAUGCUGCUAACCUCGAAUUUACAGAUAUUAUUGUCACUACAAACGGAGAGGCUGUUACAUCAAAGGAGAUAAAGUCGUGCAUCCACCAGAUCCAGGAGCUGAUCGUGGUGCGGCUGAACCAGGCGGUGGCCAACAAACUCAUCAGCUCUGUGGACUAUCUUAGAGAGAGUUUUGUGGGCACUUUGGAGCGUUGCCUCAACAGUUUAGAGAAGUCCAACAUGGAGUCCUCUGUGCACAACGUCACCUCAAACCACCUCAAACAGUUACUAAACGCUGCCUAUCACGUGGAGGUCACCUUUCACUCCGGCUCUUCUGUAACGCGCCUGGUAUGGGAACAAAUCAAACAGAUAAUUCACCGGAUAACCUUUGUGAACCCCCCGGCCAUUACUUCAGAGUGGAAGCGUAAAGUGGCCCAGGAUGCCAUUGAGAGUCUAAGCGCCGCCAAACUGGCCCGAAGCAUCUGCUCCCAAUUCAGGACGAGACUCAACAGUUCACACGAGGCCUUCGCUGCAUCUCUACGUCAGUUGGAGGAGGGGCACACGGGUCGCCUGGAGCGCACCGAGGACCUGUGGCUGCGUGUGAGGAAAGACCACGCCCCUCGCCUUGCCCGUCUGUCGCUGGAGAGCCGCUCCCUCAGAGACGUCCUGCUGCAUGGUAAGCCAAAGUUGGGGCGAGAGUUGGGCCGUGGCCAGUAUGGAGUGGUGUACUUGUGUGACAGUUGGGGGGGACAUUACCCCUGUGCGCUCAAGUCAGUGGUGCCCCCUGAUGACAAGCACUGGAAUGACCUCGCCUUGGAGUUUCACUACACGAGAUCUCUUCCCAAACACGAGCGGCUGGUGGACCUCCAUGGGUCAGUGAUAGACCACACAUACGCAGGGGGCUCUAGCAUAGCAGUGCUGCUCAUAAUGGAGAGGCUACAUAGAGACCUGUACACAGGACUGAAGGCUGGUUUGUCCCUGAAGGAGAGGCUGCAGAUUGCUCUUGAUGUGGUUGAGGGCAUCCGCUUCCUUCACAGCCAGGGCUUACUACACAGAGACAUUAAACUAAAAAAUGUCCUGUUGGACAAGCAAAAUCGAGCUAAGAUCACUGACCUGGGAUUUUGUAAGCCUGAAGCCAUGAUGUCGGGCAGCAUUGUUGGGACCCCCAUUCACAUGGCACCUGAGCUCUUCACAGGAAAAUAUGAUAACUCUGUUGACGUGUAUGCCUUUGGGAUCUUGUUCUGGUACCUGUGCACUGGUUCAGUGAAGCUCCCUGAAGCUUUUGAGAAAUGCUCCAGCAAAGACCAGCUCUGGACCAAUGUUAAAAAAGGGUCCCGACCGGAGCGUCUGCCCAGUUUUGAUGAGGAGUGCUGGCAGCUAAUGGAGGCAUGUUGGAAUGGCGACCCGUCCCAGAGGCCGCUGCUGGGCAUCGUGGAGCCCAGCCUGCAAAGCAUCAUGGGCCGUAUGUGUGGGCCGGAGCGCAAGGGCAGCAGCCUUGAGGACUCAAAUUGAACUCACUCCAGAGUGUAUUUUGUUGUAUUUAUGAAGUUGUGUGGGAAAAACUGGUGAUACUGAAUUGUCCUUCACUUUCACCAUGCUGCAAUUAUUUAUAAGGAGUCGAACCAAUGUGUGUAGAUUUGAAUUUUAUCGAUGGAUUUGUACACUGCCCCCUACAGUUCAGUUGCCUUGUAGCUGUUAUGUUAAUUGCUACUCUGUUGUUGUAUGUUAUUAGAUGUAAUAUGUUUAAAAAGUAGCCCGUUCCCAGUAUUAAGAGAAAAUAUAAAUAUAUAAAAGAUUCAUUUUAGAUUAUAUUUAAGCUGAACAUUUCUGCAUCUAUUCAAACACAUCUUUUUAAUAAAAUCCUCUGUUACACAA